AUGGAGGACGUGGACGUGGACGUGGACGUGGACUUGGACGUGGACCUGGACGUGGACGCGGACGUGGACGUGGACGUGGACCUGGACCUGGACGUGGACGUGGACGUGGACGUAGACGUGGUCGUGAACGUGGACGUGGACGUAAAUCUGGACGUGGACGUGGAGGUGGACGUGGACCUGGACGUGGACGUGGACUUCGACGUGGACGUGGACGUGGACGUGGUCGUGGACGUGGACGUGGACGUGGUCGUGGACGUGGUCGUGGACGUGGACGUGGACCUCGACAUGGACGUGGACGUGGACAUGGAUGUGGACCUGGACGUGGACGUGGACGUGGACGUGGACGUGGACGUGGUUGUGGACGUGGAAGUGGACGUGGACGUGGACGUGGACGUGGUCGUGGACGUGGACGUGGACGUAAACCUAGACGUGGACGUGGAGGAGGACGUGGACCUGGACGUGGACUUGGACGUGGACAUGGACGUGGUCGUGGACGUGGACGUGGACGUGGACGUGGUCAUGGACGUGGACGUGGUCGUGGACGUGGACGUGGACGUGGACCUCGACAUGGACGUGGACGUGGACGUGGACUUGGACGUGGACGUGGACGUGGACGUGGACGUGGACGUGGACGUGGUCGUGGACGUGGACGUGGACGUGGACGUGGACGUGGUCGUGGACGUGGACGUGGACAUGGACGUGGACGUGGACUUGGACGUGGACGUGGACGUGGACGACGUGGACCUGGACGUGGUCGUGGACGUGGACGUGGACGUGGACAUGGAGGACGUGGACGUGGACGUGGUCGUGGACGUGGACGUGGACGUGGAGGUGGACGUGAACGUGGACUUGGAUGUGGACGUGGACCUGAACGUGGACCUGGACGUGAACGUGGACGUCGACGUGGACGUGGACUUGGACGUGGACCUGGAUAUGGACGUGGACGUGUUCGUGGAUAUGGACGUGGACGUGGACGUGGUCGUGGACAUGGACGUAGACGUGUACGUGGACGUGGUCGUGGACGUGGACGUGGACGUGGACGUGGACCUGGAUGUGGACGUGGACGUGGACGUGGACCUGGACGUGGACGUGGACGUGGACUUGGACGUGGAUGUGGACUUGGACGUGGACGUGGACGUGGACGUGGACCUGGACGUGGACGUGGACGUGGACGUGGACUUGGACGUGGAUGUGGACGUGGACGUUGACGUGGACGUGGAGGACGUGGACGUGGACGACGUGGACGUGGACGUGGACGUGAACGUGGACGUGGACGUGGUCGUGGACGUGGACGUGGUCGUGGACGUGGACGUGGACUUGGACGUGGACUUGGACCUGGACGUGGACCUGGACGUGGACGUGGACGUGAACCUAGACGUGGACGAGGACGUGAACGUGGACGUGGACGUGGACGUGGACCUGGACGUGGACUUGGACUUGGACUUGGACGUGGACGUGGACGUGGUCGUGCACGUGGACGUGGACGUGGACAUGGACUUGGACUUGGGCGUGGACGUGGAUGUGGACGUGGACGUGGACCUGGACCUGGACGUGGACCUGGACUUGGACGUGGACUUGGACGUGGACGUGGACGUGGAUGUGGUCGUGGACGUGGACGUGGACCUGGACGUGGACGUGGACGUGGACGUGGUCGUGGACGUGGUUGUGGACGUGGACGUGGACGUGGACGUGGAGGACGUAGACGUGGACGUGGAUGUGGCAAGGACGUGGACCUGGACGUGGUCGUGGACGUGGACGUGGACGUGGAGGACGUGGACGUGGACUGACGUGGUCGUGGACGUGGACGUGGACUUGGACUUGGACUUGGACCUGGACGUGGACCUGGACAUGGACGUGGACGUGGACCUGGACGUGGAUGUAGACGUGGACGUGGACGUGGACGUGGACCUGGACGUGGACUUGGACGUGGACUUGGACGUGGACUUGGACGUGGACAUGGACGUGGAGGACGUGGACGUGGACGUGGAGGACGUGGACGUGGACGACGUGGACUUGGACGUGGACGUGGACGUGGUCGUGGACAUGGAGGUGGACGUGGAGGUGGACGUGAACGUGGACUUGGACGUGGACGUGGACGUGGAUCUAGACGUGGACCUGGACGUGGACGUGGACCUGGACAUGGACAUGGACGUGGACGUGGACGUGUUCGUGGACGUGGACAUAGACGUGGACUUGGACGUGGACCUGGACCUGGACCUGGACGUGGACUUGGACGUGGACGUGGACGUGGUUGUGGACGUGGACCUGGACGUGGACGUGGACGUGGUCGUGGACGUGGACGUGGACGUGAAAAGGUCAGGUGGAUGGGAUGUGGACGUGGACGUGGACGUGGACGUGGAGGUGGAUGUGGACGUGGACGUGGACGUGGACGUGGAGGUGGAUGUGGACGUGGACGUGGACGUGGACGUGGACGUGGUUGUGGACGUGGACGUCGACGUGGACGUGGAUCUGGACCUGGACGUGGAGGUGGAGGUAGACGUGAACCUGGACGUGGACGUGGACGUGGACAUGGUCGUGAACGUGGACUUGGACGUAAACCUGGACGUGGACGUGGAGGUGGACGUGGACCUGGACGUGGACGUGGACUUGGACGUGGACUUGGACGUGGACGUGGUCGUGGACGUGGACGUGGACGUGGUCGUGGACGUGGACGUGGUCGUGGACGUGGACGUGGACGUGGACGUGGACCUCGACAUGGACGUGGACGUGGACGUGGACAUGGAUGUGGACCUGGACCUGGACGUGGACGUGGACGUGGACGUGGUCGUGGACGUGGAAGUGGACGUGGACGUGGACGUGGUCGUGGACGUGGACGUGGACGUGGACGUAAACCUGGAUGUGGACGUGGAGGUGGACGUGGACCUGGACGUGGACGUGGACUUGGACGUGGACGUGGACGUGGACGUGGACGUGGAGGUGGAUGUGGACGUGGACGUGGACGUGGACGUGGUUGUGGACGUGGACGUCGACAUGGACGUGGAUCUGGACCUGGACGUGGACGUGGAGGUGGACGUGGACCUGAACGUGGACGUGGACGUGGACGUGGUCGUGAACGUGGACGUGGACGUAAAUCUGGACGUGGACGUGGAGGUGGACGUGGACAUGGACGUGGACGUGGACUUGGACGUGGACGUGGACGUGGACGUGGUCGUGGACGUGGACGUGGUCGUGGACGUGGACGUGGUCGUGGACGUGGACAUGGACGUGGACGUGGACGUGGUCGUGGACGUGGACGUGGACGUGGUCGUGGACGUGGACGUGGACGUAAACCUGGACGUGGACGUGGAGGAGGACGUGGACCUGGACGUGGACUUGGACGUGGACAUGGACGUGGAUAUGGUCGUGGACGUGGACGUGGACUUGGUCAUGGACGUGGACGUGGUCGUGGACGUGGACGUGGACCUCGACAUGGACGUGGACGUGGACGUGGACUUGGACGUGGACAUGGACGUGGACGUGGAGGUGGUCGUGGACGUGGACGUGGACGUGGUCGUGGACGUGGACGUGGACAUGGACGUGGACGUGGACUUGGACGUGGACGACGUGGACCUGGACGUGGUCGUGGACGUGGACGUGGACAUGGAGGAUGUGGACGUGGACGUGGACGUGGUCGUGGACGUGGACGUGGACGUGGAGGUGGACGUGAACGUGGACUUGGAUGUGGACGUGGACCUGAACGUGGACCUGGACGUGAACGUGGACGUGGACGUGGACGUGGACUUGGACGUGGACGUGGAUAUGGACGUGGACGUGUUCGUGGAUGUGGACGUGGACGUGGACGUGGUCGUGGACGUGGACGUAGACGUGUACGUGGACGUGGUCGUGGACGUGGACGCGGACGUGGACGUGGACCUGGACGUGGACGUGGACGUGGACGUGGACGUGGUUGUGGACGUGGACGUGGACUUGGACGUGGACGUGGACUUGGACGUGGACGUGGACGUGGACGUGGACCUGGACGUGGACGUGGACGUGGACGUGGACUUGGACGACGUGGACCUGGACGUGGUCGUGGACGUGGAUGUGGACGUGGACGUGGAGAACGUGGACGUGGACGUGGACGUGGAUGUGGACGUGGACGUGGAGAACGUGGACUUGGACGUGGACUUGGACCUGGACGUGGACCUGGACGUGGACGUGGACGUGAACCUAGACGUGGACAAGGACGUGAACGUGGACGUGGACGUGGACGUGGACGUGGACCUGGACGUGGACUUGGACGUGGACUUGGACGUGGACGUGGACGUGGUCGUGCACGUGGACGUGGACGUGGACAUGGACUUGGACUUGGACGUGGACGUGGAUGUGGACGUGGACGUGGACCUGGACCUGGACGUGGACCUGGACUUGGACGUGGACUUGGACGUGGACGUGGACGUGGUCGUGGACGUGGACGUGGACCUGGACGUGGACGUGGACGUGGACGUGGACCUGGACGUGGUCGUGGACGUGGACGUGGACGUGGAGGACGUGGACGUGGACGUGGACGUGGUCGUGGACGUGGACGUGGACUUGGACGUGGACUUGGACCUGGACGUGGACCUGGACAUGGACGUGGACGUGGACCUGGACGUGGACGUAGACGUGGACGUGGACGUGGACGUGGACGUGGACGUGGACCUGGACGUGGACUUGGACGUGGACUUGGACGUGGACUUGGACGUGGACAUGGACGUGGAGGACGUGGACGUGGACGUGGAGGACGUGGACGUGGACGACGUGGACUUGGACGUGGACGUGGACGUGGUCGUGGACAUGGACGUGGACGUGGAGGUGGACGUGAACGUGGAGUUGGACGUGGACGUGGACGUGGAUCUAGACGUGGACCUGGACGUGGACGUGGACGUGGACCUGGACAUGGACGUGGACGUGGACGUGGACGUGGUCGUGGACGUGGACAUAGACGUGGACUUGGACGUGGACCUGGACCUGGACCUGGACGUGGACUUGGACGUGGACGUGGACGUGGACGUGGUUGUGGACGUGGACCUGGACGUGGACGUGGACGUGGUCGUGGACGUGGACGUGGACGUGGAAAGGUCACGUGGAUGGGAUGUGGACGUGGACGUGGACGUGGACGUGGAGGUGGAUGUGGACGUGGACGUGGACGUGGACGUGGACAUGGAGGUGGAUGUGGACGUGGACGUGGACGUGGACGUGGUUGUGGACGUGGACGUCGACGUGGACGUGGAUCUGGACCUGGACGUGGAGGUGGAGGUAGACGUGGACCUGGACGUGGACGUGGACGUGGACGUGGUCAUGGACGUGAACGUGGACUUGGACGUAAACCUGGACGUGGACGUGGAGGUGGACGUGGACCUGGACGUGGACGUGGACUUGGACGUGGACGUGGACGUGGACGUGGUCGUGGACGUGGACGUGGACGUGGUCGUGGACGUGGACGUGGUCGUGGACGUGGACGUGGACGUGGACGUGGACCUCGACAUGGACGUGGACGUGGACGUGGACAUGGAUGUGGACCUGGACCUGGACGUGGACGUGGACGUGGUCGUGGACGUGGACGUGGACUUGGUCAUGGACGUGGACGUGGUCGUGGACGUGGACGUGGACGUGGACCUCGACAUGGACGACGUGGACCUGGACGUGGUCGUGGACGUGGACGUGGACAUGGAGGAUGUGGACGUGGACGUGGACGUGGUCGUGGACGUGGACGUGGACGUGGAGGUGGACGUGAACGUGGACUUGGAUGUGGACGUGGACCUGAACGUGGACCUGGACGUGAACGUGGACGUGGACGUGGACGUGGACUUGGACGUGGACGUGGAUAUGGACGUGGACGUGUUCGUGGAUGUGGACGUGGACGUGGACGUGGUCGUGGACGUGGACGUAGACGUGUACGUGGACGUGGUCGUGGACGUGGACGUGGACGUGGACGUGGACCUGGACGUGGACGUGGACGUGGACGUGGACGUGGUUGUGGACGUGGACGUGGACUUGGACGUGGACGUGGACUUGGACGUGGACGUGGACGUGGACCUGGACGUGGACGUGGACGUGGACGUGGACUUGGACGUGGAUGACCUGGACGUGGUCGUGGACGUGGAUGUGGACGUGGACGUGGAGAACGUGGACGUGGACGUGGACGUGGACGUGGUCGUGGACGUGGACGUGGACUUGGACGUGGACUUGGACCUGGACGUGGACCUGGACGUGGACGUGGACGUGAACCUAGACGUGGACAAGGACGUGAACGUGGACGUGGACGUGGACGUGGACGUGGACCUGGACGUGGACUUGGACGUGGACUUGGACGUGGACGUGGACGUGGUCGUGCACGUGGACGUGGACGUGGACAUGGACUUGGACUUGGACGUGGACGUGGAUGUGGACGUGGACGUGGACCUGGACCUGGACGUGGACCUGGACUUGGACGUGGACUUGGACGUGGACGUGGACGUGGUCGUGGACGUGGACGUGGACCUGGACGUGGACGUGGACGUGGUCGACGUGGACCUGGACGUGGUCGUGGACGUGGACGUGGACGUGGAGGACGUGGACGUGGACGUGGACGUGGUCGUGGACGUGGACGUGGACUUGGACGUGGACUUGGACCUGGACGUGGACCUGGACAUGGACGUGGACGUGGACCUGGACGUGGACGUAGACGUGGACGUGGACGUGGACGUGGACGUGGACGUGGACCUGGACGUGGACUUGGACGUGGACUUGGACGUGGACUUGGACGUGGACAUGGACGUGGAGGACGUGGACGUGGACGUGGAGGACGUGGACGUGGACGACGUGGACUUGGACGUGGACGUGGACGUGGUCGUGGACAUGGACGUGGACGUGGAGGUGGACGUGAACGUGGACUUGGACGUGGACGUGGACGUGGAUCUAGACGUGGACCUGGACGUGGACGUGGACGUGGACCUGGACAUGGACGUGGACGUGGACGUGGACGUGGUCGUGGACGUGGACAUAGACGUGGACUUGGACGUGGACCUGGACCUGGACCUGGACGUGGACUUGGACGUGGACGUGGACGUGGACGUGGUUGUGGACGUGGACCUGGACGUGGACGUGGACGUGGUCGUGGACGUGGACGUGGACGUGGAAAGGUCACGUGGAUGGGAUGUGGACGUGGACGUGGACGUGGACGUGGAGGUGGAUGUGGACGUGGACGUGGACGUGGACGUGGACAUGGAGGUGGAUGUGGACGUGGACGUGGACGUGGACGUGGUUGUGGACGUGGACGUCGACGUGGACGUGGAUCUGGACCUGGACGUGGAGGUGGAGGUAGACGUGGACCUGGACGUGGACGUGGACGUGGACGUGGUCAUGGUCGUGAACGUGGACUUGGACGUAAACCUGGACGUGGACGUGGAGGUGGACGUGGACCUGGACGUGGACGUGGACUUGGACGUGGACGUGGACGUGGACGUGGUCGUGGACGUGGACGUGGACGUGGUCGUGGAUGUGGACGUGGUCGUGGACGUGGACGUGGACGUGGACGUGGACCUCGACAUGGACGUGGACGUGGACGUGGACAUGGAUGUGGACCUGGACCUGGACGUGGACGUGGACGUGGACGUGGUCGUGGACGUGGAAGUGGACGUGGACGUGGACGUGGACGUGGUCGUGGACGUGGACGUGGACGUGGACGUGGACGUAAACCUGGACGUGGACGUGGAGGUGGGCGUGGACCUGGACGUGGACGUGGACUUGGACGUGGACGUGGACGUGGACGUGGACGUGGAGGUGGAUGUGGACGUGGACGUGGACGUGGACGUGGACGUGGUUGUGGACGUGGACGUCGACAUGGACGUGGAUCUGGACCUGGACGUGGACGUGGAGGUGGACGUGGACCUGGACGUGGACUUGGACGUGGACGUGGACGUGGUCGUGAACGUGGACGUGGACGUAAAUCUGGACGUGGACGUGGAGGUGGACGUGGACCUGGACGUGGACGUGGACUUGGACGUGGACGUGGACGUGGACGUGGUCGUGGACGUGGACGUGGUCGUGGACGUGGACGUGGUCAUGGACGUGGACGUGGACGUGGACCUCGACAUGGACGUGGACGUGGACGUGGACAUGGAUGUGGACCUGGACGUGGACGUGGACGUGGAUGUGGACGUGGACGUGGUCGUGGACGUAGAAGUGGACGUGGACGUGGACGUGGACGUGGUCGUGGACGUGGACGUGGACGUGGACGUAAACCUGGACGUGGACGUGGAGGAGGACGUGGACCUGGACGUGGACUUGGACGUGGACAUGGACGUGGACGUGGUCGUGGACGUGGACUUGGACGUGGACGUGGUCAUGUACGUGGACGUGGUCGUGGACGUGGACGUGGACGUGGACGUGGACGUGGUCGUGGACGUGGACGUGGACGUGGACGUGGACGUGGUCGUGGACGUGGACGUGGUCGUGGACGUGGACGUGGACGUGGACGUGGACGUGGACUUGGACGUGGACGUGGACGUGGACGUGGUCGUGGACGUGGACGUGGACGUGGACGUGGACGUGGACGUGGACGUGGACGUGGACGUGGUCGUGGACGUGGACGUGGACAUGGACGUGGACGUGGACUUGGACGUGGACGUGGACGUGGGUUUGGACGUGGACCUGGACCUCGACGUGGACGUGGACGUGCACGUGGACGUGGACGUGGACGUGGACGUGGACGACGUGGACGUGGACGUGGACGUGGUCGUGGACGUGGACGUGGACGUGGAGGUGGACGUGAACGUGGACUUGGAUGUGGACGUGGACCUGAACGUGGACCUGGACGUGAACGUGGACGUGGACGUGGACGUGGACUUGGACGUGGACGUGGAUAUGGACGUGGACGUGUUCGUGGAUGUGGACGUGGACGUGGACGUGGUCGUGGACGUGGACGUAGACGUGUACGUGGACGUGGUCGUGGACGUGGACGUGGACGUGGACGUGGACGUGGACGUGGACGUGGUUGUGGACGUGGACGUGGACUUGGACGUGGACGUGGACUUGGACGUGGACGUGGACGUGGACGUGGACCUGGACGUGGACGUGGACGUGGACGUGGACUUGGACGUGGAUGUGGACGUGGACGUUGACGUGGACGUGGAGGACGUGGACGUGGACGUGGACGACGUGGACGUGGAAAUGGACGUGGACGUGGUCGUGGACGUGGACGUGGACUUGGACGUGGACUUGGACCUGGACGUGGACCUGGACGUGGACGUGGACGUGAACCUAGACGUGGACGAGGACGUGAACGUGGACGUGGACGUGGACGUGGACCUGGACGUGGACUUGGACGUGGACUUGGACGUGGACGUGGACGUGGUCGUGCACGUGGACGUGGACGUGGACAUGGACUUGGACUUGGACGUGGACGUGGAUGUGGACGUGGACGUGGACCUGGACCUGGACGUGGACCUGGACUUGGACGUGGACUUGGACGUGGACGUGGACGUGGACGUGGUCGUGGACCUGGACGUGGACGUGGACGUGGACGUGGUCGACGUGGACCUGGACGUGGUCGUGGACGUGGACGUGGACGUGGAGGACGUGGACGUGGACGUGGACGUGGUCGUGGACGUGGACGUGGACUUGGACGUGGACUUGGACCUGGACGUGGACCUGGACAUGGACGUGGACCUGGACCUGGACGUGGACGUAGACGUGGACGUGGACGUGGACGUGGACGUGGACCUGGACGUGGACUUGGACGUGGACUUGGACGACGUGGACCUGGACGUGGUUGUGGACGUGGACGUGGACGUGGACAUGGAGGACGUGGACUUGGACGUGGACGUGGACGUGGUCGUGGACAUGGACGUGGACGUGGAGGUGGACGUGAACGUGGACUUGGACGUGGACGUGGACUUGGAUCUAGGCGUGGACCUGGACAUGGACGUGGACGUGGACAUGGUCAUGGACGUGGACGUGGACGUGGACGUGGUCGUGGACGUGGACAUAGACGUGCACUUGGACGUGGACCUGGACCUGGACCUGGACGUGGACUUGGACGUGGACGUGGACGUGGACGUGGACCUGGACGUGGACGUGGACGUGGUCGUGGACGUGGACGUGGAAAGGUCACGUGGAUGGGAUGUGGACGUGGACGUGGACGUGGACGUGGACGUGGAGGUGGAUGUGGACGUGGACGUGGACGUGGACGUGGACGUGGAGGUGGAUGUGGACGUGGACGUGGACGUGGACGUGGACGUGGUUGUGGACGUGGACGUCGACGUGGACGUGGAUCUGGACCUGGACGUGGAGGUGGAGGUAGACGUGGACCUGGACGUGGACGUGGACGUGGACGUGGACAUGGUCGUGAACGUGGACUUGGACGUAAACCUGGACGUGGACGUGGAGGUGGACGUGGACCUGGACGUGGACGUGGACUUGGACGUGGACGUGGACGUGGACGUGGUCGUGGACGUGGACGUGGACGUGGUCGUGGACGUGGACGUGGUCGUGGACGUGGACAUGGACGUGGACGUGGACCUCGACAUGGACGUGGACGUGGACGUGGACAUGGAUGUGGACCUGGACCUGGACGUGGACGUAGACGUGGACGUGGUCGUGGACGUGGAAGUGGACGUGGACGUGGACGUGGACGUGGUCGUGGACGUGGACGUGGACGUGGACGUAAACCUGGACGUGGACGUGGAGGUGGACGUGGACCUGGACGUGGACGUGGACUUGGACGUGGACGUGGACGUGGACGUGGACGUGGAGGUGGAUGUGGACGUGGACGUGGAUGUGGACGUGGACGUGGACGUGGACGUGGACGUGGUUGUUCACUAUUCAACAGUUGUGGACGUGGACGUCGACGUGGACGUGGAUCUGGACCUGGACGUGGACGUGGAGGUGGACGUGGACCUGGACGUGGACGUGGACGUGGACGUGGUCGUGAACGUGGACGUGGACGUAAAUCUGGACGUGGACGUGGAGGUGGACGUGGACCUGGACGUGGACGUGGACUUGGACGUGGACGUGGACGUGGACGUGGUCGUGGACGUGGACGUGGUCGUGGACGUGGACGUGGUCGUGGACGUGGACGUGGACGUGGACCUCGACAUGGACGUGGACGUGGACGUGGACAUGGAUGUGGACCUGGACGUGGACGUGGACGUGGACGUGGACGUGGUCGUGGACGUGGAAGUGGACGUGGACGUGGACGUGGACGUGGUCGUGGACGUGGACGUGGACGUGGACGUAAACCUGGACGUGGACGUGGAGGAGGACGUGGACCUGGACGUGGACUUGGACGUGGACAUGGACGUGGAGGACGUGGACGUGGACCACUAUUCAACAGUUGUGGACGUGGACGUCGACGUGGACGUGGAUCUGGACCUGGACGUGGACGUGGAGGUGGACGUGGACCUGGACGUGGACGUGGACGUGGACGUGGUCGUGAACGUGGACGUGGACGUAAAUCUGGACGUGGACGUGGAGGUGGACGUGGACCUGGACGUGGACGUGGACUUGGACGUGGACGUGGACGUGGACGUGGUCGUGGACGUGGACGUGGUCGUGGACGUGGACGUGGUCGUGGACGUGGACGUGGACGUGGACCUCGACAUGGACGUGGACGUGGACGUGGACAUGGAUGUGGACCUGGACGUGGACGUGGACGUGGACGUGGACGUGGUCGUGGACGUGGAAGUGGACGUGGACGUGGACGUGGACGUGGUCGUGGACGUGGACGUGGACGUGGACGUAAACCUGGACGUGGACGUGGAGGAGGACGUGGACCUGGACGUGGACUUGGACGUGGACAUGGACGUGGAGGACGUGGACGUGGACGACGUGGACUUGGACGUGGACGUGGACGUGGUCGUGGACAUGGACGUGGACGUGGAGGUGGACGUGAACGUGGACUUGGACGUGGACGUGGACAUGGUCGUGGACGUGGACGUGGACGUGGACGUGGUCAUGGACGUGGACGUGGUCGUGGACGUGGACGUGGACGUGGACCUCGACAUGGACGUGGACGUGGACUUGGACGUGGACGUGGACGUGGACGUGGUCGUGGACGUGGACGUGGACGUGGACGUGGACGUGGUCGUGGACGUGGACGUGGACAUGGACGUGGACGUGGACUUGGACGUGGACGUGGACGUGGACGACGUGGACCUGGACGUGGUCGUGGACGUGGACGUGGACAUGGAGGACGUGGACGUGGACGUGGACGUGGUCGUGGACGUGGACGUGGACGUGGAGGUGGACGUGAACGUGGACUUGGAUGUGGACGUGGACCUGAACGUGGACCUGGACGUGAACGUGAACGUGGACGUGGACGUGGACUUGGACGUGGACGUGGAUAUGGACGUGGACGUGUUCGUGGAUGUGGACGUGGACGUGGACGUGGUCGUGGACGUGGACGUAGACGUGUACGUGGACGUGGUCGUGGACGUGGACGUGGACGUGGACGUGGACCUGGACGUGGACGUGGACGUGGACGUGGUUGUGGACGUGGACGUGGACUUGGACGUGGACGUGGACUUGGACGUGGACGUGGACGUGGACGUGGACCUGGACGUGGACGUGGACGUGGAUGUGGACUUGGACGUGGAUGUGGACGUGGACAUUGACGUGGACGUGGAGGACGUGGACGUGGUCGUGGACGUGGAUGUGGACGUGGACGUGGACGUGGACGUGGUCGUGGACGUGGACGUGGACGUGGACGUGGAGGACGUGGACAUGGACGUGGUCGUGGACAUGGACGUGGACGUUGACGUGGACGUGGAGGACGUGGACGUGGACGUGGACGUGGUCGUGGACGUGGACGUGGACUUGGACGUGGACUUGGACCUGGACGUGGACCUGGACGUGGACGUGGACGUGAACCUAGACGUGGACGAGGACGUGAACGUGGACGUGGACGUGGACGUGGACGUGGACGUGGACCUGGACGUGGACUUGGACGUGGACUUGGACGUGGACGUGGACGUGGUCGUGCACGUGGACGUGGACGUGGACAUGGACUUGGACUUGGACGUGGACGUGGAUGUGGACGUGGACGUGGACCUGGACCUGGACGUGGACCUGGACUUGGACGUGGACUUGGACGUGGACGUGGACGUGGACGUGGUCCUGGACGUGGACGUGGACCUGGACGUGGACGUGGACGUGGACGUGGUCGACGUGGACCUGGACGUGGUCGUGGACGUGGACGUGGACGUGGAGGACGUGGACGUGGACGUGGACGUGGUCGUGGACGUGGACGUGGACUUGGACGUGGACUUGGACCUGGACGUGGACCUGGACAUGGACGUGGACGUGGACCUGGACGUGGACGUAGACGUGGACGUGGACGUGGACGUGGACGUGGACCUGGACGUGGACUUGGACGUGGACUUGGACGUGGACUUGGACGUGGACAUGGACGUGGAGGACGUGGACGUGGACGUGGAGGACGUGGACGUGGACGACGUGGACUUGGACGUGGACGUGGACGUGGUCGUGAACAUGGACGUGGACGUGGAGGUGGACGUGAACGUGGACUUGGACGUGGACGUGGAUCUAGACGUGGACCUGGACGUGGACGUGGACGUGGACCUGGACAUGGACGUGGACGUGGACGUGGACGUGGUCGUGGACGUGGACAUAGACGUGGACUUGGACGUGGACCUGGAUCUGGACCUGGACGUGGACUUGGACGUGGACGUGGACGUGGUUGUGGACGUGGACCUGGACGUGGACGUGGACGUGGUCGUGGACGUGGACGUGGACGUGGAAAGGUCACGUGGAUGGGAUGUGGACGGGGACGUGGACGUGGACGUGGAGGUGGAGGUGGAUGUGGACGUGGACGUGGACGGGGACGUGGAGGUGGAUGUGGACGUGGACGUCGACGUGGACGUGGAUCUGGACCUGGACGUGGACGUGGAGGUAGACGUGGACCUGGACGUGGACAAGGACGUGGACGUGGACAUGGUCGUGAACGUUGACUUGGACGUAAACCUGGACGUGGACGUGGAGGUGGACGUGGACCUGGACGUGGACGUGGACUUGGACGUGGACGUGGACGUGGACGUGGUCGUGGACGUGGACGUGGACGUGGUCGUGGACGUGGACGUGGUCGUGGACGUGGACGUGGACGUGGACGUGGACCUCGACAUGGACGUGGACGUGGACAUGGAUGUGGACCUGGACCUGGACGUGGACAUGGACGUGGACGUGGACGUGGUCGUGGACGUGGACCUGGACGUGGACGUGGACUUGGACGUGGACGUGGACGUGGACGUGGUCGUGGACGUGGAGGUGGACGUGGACGUGGUCGUGGACGUGGUCGUGGACGUGGACGUGGACGUGGACCUCGACAAGGACGUGGACGUGGACGUGGACGUGGACGUGGACGUGGACGUGGACGUGGACUUGGUCGUGGACGUGGACGUGGACGUGGACGUGGUCGUAGACGUGGACGUGGACAUGGACGUGGACGUGGACUUGGACGUGGACGUGGACGUGGACGUGGGUUUGGACGUGGACCUGGACCUGGACGUGGACGUGGACGUGCACGUGGACGUGGACGUGGACGUGGACGUGGACGUGGUCGUGGACGUGGACGUGGACGUUGAGGUGGACGUGAACGUGGACUUGGAUGUGGACGUGGACCUGAACGUGGACCUGGACGCGAACGUGGACGUGGACGUGGACGUGGACUUGGACGUGGACGUGGACGUGUUCGUGGACGUGGACGUGGACGUGGACGUGGUCGUGGACGUGGACGUAGACGUGUACGUGGUCAUGGACGUGGAUGUGGACCUGGACGUAGACGUGGACGUGGACGUGGUCGUGGACGUGGACGUGGACUUGGACGUGGACGUGGACUUGGACGUGGACGUGGACGUGGACGUGGUUGUGGACGUGGACCUGGACGUGGACGUGGACGUGGUCGUGGACGUGGAAGUGGACGUGGACGUGGACGUGGUCGUGGACGUGGACGUGGACGUGGACGUAAACCUGGACGUGGACGUGGAGGAGGACGUGGACCUGGACGUGGACUUGGACGUGGACAUGGACGUGGACGUGGUCGUGGACGUGGACGUGGACGUGGACGUGGACGUGGACGUGGACGUGGACGUGGACAUGGACGUGGACGUGCACGUGGACGUGGACGUGGACCUGGACGUGGACGUGGACGUGGUCGUGGACGUGGAAGUGGACGUGGACGUGGACGUGGUCGUGGACCUGGACGUGGACGUGGACGUGGACGUGGUCGUGGACGUGGACGUGGACUUGGACCUGGACGUGGACUUGGACGUGGACGUGGAUGUGGACGUGAUUGUGGACGUGGACCUGGACGUGGACGUGGACGUGGUCGUGGACGUGGAAGUGGACGUGGACGUGGACGUGGUCGUGGACGUGGACGUGGACGUAAACCUGGACGUGGACGUGGAGGAGGACGUGGACCUGGACGUGGACUUGGACGUGGACAUGGACGUGGACGUGGUCGUGGACGUGGACGUGGACGUGAACGUGGUCAUGGACGUGGACGUGGUCGUGGACGUGGACGUGGACGUGGACCUCGACAUGGACGUGGACGUGGACGUGGACUUGGACGUGGACGUGGACCUCGACAUGGACGUGGACGUGGACGUGGACGUAGACGUGGACGUGCACGUGCACGUGGACAUGGACGUGGACGUGGACGUGGACGACGUGGACGUGGACGUGGACGUGGUCGUGGACGUGGACGUGGACGUGGAGGUGGACGUGAACGUGGACUUGGAUGUGGACGUGGACCUGAACGUGGACCUGGACGUGAACGUGGACGUGGACGUGGACGUGGACUUGGACGUGGACGUGGAUAUGGACGUGGACGUGUUCGUGGAUGUGGACGUGGACAUGGACGUGGUCGUGGACGUGGACGUAGACGUGUACGUGGACGUGGUCGUGGACGUGGACGUGGACGUGGACGUGGACCUGGACGUGGACGUGGACGUGGACGUGGACGUGGUUGUGGACGUGGACGUGGACUUGGACGUGGACGUGGACUUGGACGUCGACGUGGACGUGGACGUGGACCUGGACGUGGACGUGGACGUGGACUUGGACGUGGAUGUGGACGUGGACGUUGACGUGGAUGUGGAGGACGUGGACGUGGACGUGGACGACGUGGACGUGGACGUGGACGUGGACGUGGUCGUGGACGUGGACGUGGACUUGGACGUGGACUUGGACCUGGACGUGGACCUGGACGUGGACGUGGACGUGAACCUAGACGUGGACGAGGACGUGAACGUGGACGUGGACGUGGACGUGGACGUGGACCUGGACGUGGACUUGGACGUGGACUUGGACGUGGACGUGGACGUGGUCGUGCACGUGGACGUGGACGUGGACAUGGACUUGGACUUGGACGUGGAUGUGGACGUGGACGUGGACCUGGACCUGGACGUGGACCUGGACUUGGACGUGGACUUGGACGUGGACGUGGACGUGGACGUGGUCGUGGACGUGGACGUGGACCUGGACGUGGACGUGGACGUGGUCGACGUGGACCUGGACGUGGUCGUGGACGUGGACGUGGACGUGGAGGACGUGGACGUGGACGUGGACGUGGUCGUGGACGUGGACGUGGACUUGGACGUGGACUUGGACCUGGACGUGGACCUGGACAUGGACGUGGACGUGGACCUGGACGUGGACGUAGACAUGGACGUGGACGUGGACCUGGACGUGGACUUGGACGUGGACUUGGACGUGGACUUGGACGUGGACAUGGACGUGGAGGACGUGGACGUGGACGUGGAGGACGUGGACGUGGACGACGUGGACUUGGACGUGGACGUGGACGUGGUCGUGGACAUGGACGUGGACGUGGAGGUGGACGUGAACGUGGACUUGGACGUGGACGUGGACGUGGAUCUAGACGUGGACCUGGACGUGGACGUGGACGUGGACCUGGACGUGGACGUGGACGUGGACGUGGUCGUGGACGUAGACAUAGACGUGGACUUGGACGUGGACCUGGACCUCGACCUGGACGUGGACUUGGACGUGGACGUGGACGUGGACGUGGUUGUGGACGUGGACCUGGACGUGGACGUGGACGUGGUCGUGGACGCGGACGUGGACGUGGAAAGGUCACGUGGAUGGGAUGUGGACGUGGACGUGGACGUGGACGUGGAGGUGGAUGUGGACGUGGACGUGGACGUGGACGUGGACGUGGAGGUGGAUGUGGACGUGGACGUGGACGUGGACGUGGUUGUGGACGUGGACGUGGACGUGGACCUAGAUGUGGACGUGGACUUGGACGUGGACGUGGACGUGGACGUGGAGGACGUGGACGUGGAGGACGUGGACGUGGACGACGUGGACGUGGACGUGGACGUGGACCUGGUCGUGGACGUGGACGUGGACGUGGAGGUGGACGUGAACGUGGACUUGGACGUGGACGUGGACCUGGACGUGGACCUGGACCUGGACGUGGACGUGGACCUGGACAUGGACGUGGACGUGGACAUCGACGUGGUCGUGGACGUGGACGUAGACGUGGACGUGGACGUGGACCUCGAUCUCGACCUGGACGUGGACGUGGACGUGGACUUGGACGUGGACGUGGACGUGGACGAGGACGUGGAUGUGGACGUGGUCGUGGACGUGGACGUGGACGUGGACGUGGACGUGGUCGUGGUCGUGGACGUGGACGUGGACGUCGAUGUGGACAUGGACGUGGACCUGGAUGUGGACGUGGACUUGGACGUGGACGUGGACGUGGACGUGGACGUGGAGGACGUGGACGUGGACGUGGAGGACGACGUGGACGUGGACGUGGACGUGGACGUGGACAUGGACGUGGACGUGGUCGUGGACGUGGACGUGGACUUGGACGUGGACGUGGACGUGGACCUGGACGUGGACCUGGACGUGGACGUGGACGUGGACCUGGACGUGGACGUGAACGUGGACGUGGACGUGGUCGUGGACGUGGACGUAGACGUGGACGUGGACGUGGACCUGGACCUGGACCUGGACUUGGACGUGGACUUGGACGUGGACGUGGACGUGGACGUGGACAUGGACGUGGACGUGGACGUGGUCGUCGACGUGGUCGUGGACGUGGACGUGGACAUGGACGUCGACGUGGACGUGGACGUGGACCUGGAUGUGGACGUGGAAUUGGACGUGGACGUGGACGUGGACGUGGACGUGGAGGAUGUGGACGUGGAGGACGUGGACGUGGACGACGUGGACGUGGACGUGGACGUGGUCGUGGACGUGGACGUGGACGUGGACCUGGACGUGGACGUGGACGUGGACGUGGACAUGGACAUGGAGGACGUGGACGUGGACGUGGACGUGGUCGUGGACGUAGACGUGGACGUGGACGUGGACCUAGAUGUGGACGUGGACUUGGACGUGGACGUGGACGUGGACGUGGAGGACGUGGACGUGGAGGACGUGGACGUGGACGACGUGGACGUGGACGUGGACGUGGACGUGGUCGUGGACGUGGACGUGGACGUGGAGGUGGACGUGAACGUGGACUUGGACGUGGACGUGGACCUGGACGUGGACCUGGACGUGGACGUGGACGUGGACCUGGACAUGGACGUGGACGUGGACAUCGACGUGGUCGUGGACGUGGACGUAGACGUGGACGUGGACGUGGACCUCGAUCUCGACCUGGACGUGGACGUGGACGUGGACUUGGACGUGGACGUGGACGUGGACGAGGACGUGGAUGUGGACGUGGUCGUGGACGUGGACGUGGACGUGGACGUGGUCGUGGUCGUGGACGUGGACGUGGACGUCGAUGUGGACAUGGACGUGGACCUGGAUGUGGACGUGGACUUGGACGUGGACGUGGACGUGGACGUGGAGGACGUGGACGUCGACGUGGAGGACGUGGACGUGGACGACGUGGACGUGGACGUGGUCGUGGACGUGGACGUGGACAUGGACUUGGACGUGGACGUGGACGUCGACGUGGACGUGGACGUGGUCGUGGACGUGGACGUGGACGUGGACGUGGUCGUGGACAUGGACGUGGACAUGGACGUGGACCAGGACGUGGACGUGGACGUGGACCUGGAUGUGGACGUGGACUUGGACGUGGACGUGGACGUGGACGUGGACGUGGAGGACGUGGACGUGGACGUGGAGGACGACGUGGACGUGGACGUGGACGUGAACAUGGACGUGGACGUGGUCGUGGACGUGGACGUGGACUUGGACGUGGACGUGGACGUGGACCUGGACGUGGACCUGGACGUGGACGUGGACGUGGACCUGGACGUGGACGUGAACGUGGACGUGGACGUGGUCGUGGACGUGGACGUAGACGUGGACUUGGACGUGGACGUGGACCUGGACCUGGACCUGGACUUGGACGUGGACUUGGACGUGGACGUGGACGUGGACGUGGACAUGGACGUGGACGUGGACGUGGUCGUCGACGUGGUCGUGGACGUGGACGUGGACAUGGACGUCGACGUGGACGUGGACGUGGACCUGGAUGUGGACGUGGAAUUGGACGUGGACGUGGACGUGGACGUGGAGGAUGUGGACGUGGAGGACGUGGACGUGGACGACGUGGACGUGGACGUGGACGUGGUCGUGGACGUGGACGUGGACGUGGACCUGGACGUGGACGUGGACGUGGACGUGGACAUGGACAUGGAGGACGUGGACGUGGACGUGGACGUGGUCGUGGACGUGGACGUGGACGUGGACGUGGAUGUGGACGUGGACGUGGACGUGGACGUGGACGUGGACGUGGACGUGGACGUGGUCGACGUGGACGUGGACGUGGACGUGGACGUGGACGUGGAGGACGUGGACGUGGACGUGGAGGACGUGGACGUGGACGUGGUCGUGGACGUGGACGUGGACAUGGACGUGGACAUGGAGGACGUGGACGUGGACGUGGACGUGGAUGUGGUCGUGGACGUGGACGUGGACUUGGACGUGGACGUGGACGUGGACCUGGACGUGGACCUGGACGUGGACGUGGACGUGGACCUAGACGUGGACGUGGACAUGAACGUGGACGUAGACCUGGACGUGGACGUGGACGUAGACGUAGACCUGGACGUGGACUUGGACGUGGACGUGGACGUGGACGUGGACGUGGUCGUGGACGUGGACGUGGACGUAGACAUGGACUUGGACUUGGACGUCGACGUGGACGUGGACGUGGACAUGGAUGUGGACGUGGACGUGGACGUGGACCUGGACGUGGACCUGGACUUGGACGUGGACUUGGACGUGGACGUGGACGUGGUCGUGGACGUGGACGUGGUCGUGGACCUGGACGUGGACGUGGACGUGGACGUGGAUGUGGACGUGAUCGUGGACGUUGACGUGGACGUGGACCUGGACGUGGACGUGGACGUGGACGUGGACGUGGACUUGGACGUGGACGUGGACGUGGACGUGGACGUGGUCGUGGACGUGGACGUGGACGUGGACGUGGACGUGGUCGUGGACGUGGACGUGGACGUGGACCAGGACGACGUGGAUCUGGACGUGGACGUGGACGUGGACGUGGACGUGGACGUGGAGGACGUGGACGUGGACUUGGACGUGGACAUGGACGUGGACGUGGUCGUGGACGUGGACUUGGACGUGGACGUGGACGUGGACCUGGACGUGGACCUGGACGUGGACGUGGACGUGGACCUGGACGUGGACGUGAACGUGGACGUGGACGUGGUCGUGGACGUGGACGUAGACGUGGACGUGGACGUGGACCUAGACCUGGACGUGGACUUGGACGUGGACUUGGACGUGGACGUGGACGUGGACAUGGACGUGGACGUGGACGUGGUCGUGGACGUGGUCGUGAACGUGGACGUGGACAUGGACGUCUACGUGGACGUGGACGUGGACCUGGAUGUGGACGUGGACUUGGACGUGGACGUGGACAUGGACGUGGACGUGGACGUGGAGGAUGUGGACGUGGAGGACGUGGACGUGGACGACGUGGACGUGGACGUGGACGUGGUCGUGGACGUGGACGUGGACGUGGACGUGGACGUGGACGUCGACUUGGACGCGGACGUGGACGUGGACGUGAACGUGGACGUGGUCGUGGACGUGGACGUGGACGUGGUCGUGGACGUGGACGUGGACGUGGACGUUGACCAGGACGUGGACGUGGACGUGGACCUGGAUGUGGACGUGGACUUGGACGUCGACGUGGACGUGGACGUGGACGUGGAGGACGUUGACGUGGACGUGGAGGACGUGGAGGACGUGGACGUGGACGUGGACGUGGACGUGGACGUGGAGGACGUGGAUGUGGACGUGGACGUGGACGUGGACGUGGACGUGGUCGUGGAUGUGGACGUGGACUUGGACGUGGACGUGGACGUGGACCUGGACACGUGGACGUGGACGUGGACCU